ACGUGCUGUUAGUAAAAGUUGGGAUAGGAGCGCGAGAAGGAGAGCUCGAUCAACGGUCGAGCUGACGCACGAAGCUCACCUCCCCUUUCACGCCACGGGCAAAAAAGUUCAAGUCGCUGCGAGUCCCCUCAAACUCCGUGGUAGGUCGAGAAGUCCGGAUUAUUUUGAGAGAGAGAAGCUUCACGCAAGAAUAAUAUUCUGCUCGGAGUUAGAGAAAUACAGCACGGAGGAAAAGUUGAAAAGUUUUGCCUUCAUUAUCAGUCAAUGUAGUGAGUUUAUUAAAGAGUCGGCGUACGUAGACGGGUGAGCCCGAGCUGUCAAACCCGAUGACUACUGCAAACUGCCCCGGGAAUGAAGAGCUGGAUUUCAGACUGAUCUUUGGGGAGGACGGGCAGCAGCCCCCGCUAGGCCCCGCAGAUCUAGAACCAGAUGAUAACACCUCAUUUUACAUCCUCAAUGUGGGCCAACCGCCUUCAGUGGUCAGCCAGUCACACAGUCUUCAACGCCAUGGGGGGCUACCCGCAGCCCAACUCAUUGCGACGUCUCCUUACCUGCAGGCCCACCACAAGGCCUACGAGCCCAGCUACGAGCCUCCGGACUCUAAAUACACACCCACGGGGGUGGGUGGAGGAGGGAGCGGCCCACCCAAGGCUUUUGAAUGUCCCAGCAUCCAGAUUACCUCCAUCUCUCCAUGCUGCCAGCAGGAAAUGGAAGCCAGUGAGGAUGACAUGAGAGCGAAGGGUCCGGACAGAGACUACCAUGACAGACCCCUGUCUCGUGAUCACUUGUACCUGCCUCUAGAUCACUCCUACCGAGAUUCUUCCCUGAGCCCAAGCCCAUGCAGCAGCCUGUCCUCUCGUAGCUGGUUCUCCGACGCGUCAUCCUGCGAAUCCAUCUCACAUGUGUAUGACGAUGUGGAUUCGGAACUGAACGAAGCAGCGGCACGUUUCACCCUCGGGUCGCCGCUCACCUCGCCGGGCUGUUCUCCGCAGGCUGGACCACAGGAGGAAGUGUGGCAACAGCAUCAUCAUCAUCAGCCGGCCUUCGCACACUCUCUUCCUCAUUCACACUCCCAUUCUCUAUCGCCCCGCCAGUCACCAUGCCACUCACCCCGUACGAGCGUCACAGACGAAAACUGGCUGAGUCCUCGCUCACCUUCAAGGCCCUCUUCGCGCCCAACAUCACCCUGCGGGAAAAGACGCCACUCCAGCGCAGACAUAUGCUACCUGGGCUCUUUAUCACCCCAUCACUCCCCGACUGCAACACCCGGUCACUCGCCCAGGGGUAGCGUGACCGAAGACACAUGGAUUGGAAGCCCGUCGAUGGGCAUGUCUCCUUUCCAAUGUUGUCCAUCUGAGGCUGACAUACCUUCCAAAACAAGGAAAACUUCACAAGACUGUACAGCAGCAAUCCAGGCAGGGAAGGGUGACCUGGGCAUGGAUGAUUCUGGGAAUGUAUCUCCCUUACUAGACUCUCCCGCUGAGGACGGCAUGCACGGAUUAAAGAAGGACGGACCCGGAGAACAGUUUCUCUCUGUUCCGUCUCACUUCACGUGGAACAAACCCAAACCAGGACACACACCUAUUUUCAGGGCGUCAUCCCUUCCUCCCCUGGACUGGCCCUUGCCAAAUCAGUACGGACAGUUUGAGUUGAAAAUCGAGGUUCAUCCCAAAGCUCACCACAGAGCCCAUUAUGAGACCGAAGGCAGCCGAGGGGCCGUUAAAGCCACAACCGGUGGACACCCUAUUGUCAAGCUUAUUGGCUACAAUGAGAAGCCUGUAAAUCUGCAGAUGUUCAUUGGGACGGCGGAUGACCGCUAUCUGAGGCCGCACGCUUUCUACCAGGUUCACCGCAUCACAGGAAAAACCGUUGCUACAGCAAGCCAGGAAAUUAUCAUUACCAGCACAAAGGUUCUGGAGAUUCCUAUACUUCCUGAAAACAACAUGUCUGCCAGUAUUGAUUGUGCUGGAAUCCUGAAGUUGAGGAACUCAGACAUCGAGCUGAGGAAAGGAGAGACAGAUAUUGGACGGAAAAACACUCGGGUUCGUGUGGUGUUUAGGGUUCACAUCCCACAACCCAACGGAAAAGUGGUCUCACUACAGGCUGCAUCAAUUCCAGUGGAGUGCUCUCAGCGCUCAGCACAGGAGUUACCUCAGGUUGAGAAGGCCAGUAUUAGCAGCUGUUCUGUGAGUGGAGGGGAGGAAAUGGUCAUCACUGGCUCUAACUUUUUCCCCGAGUCAAAGGUCAUCUUUCUGGAGAAAGGUCCUGAUGGACGGCCGCAGUGGGAGGUUGAGGCAAAGGUCAUCCGAGAGAAGAGUCAAGGAUCAAGCAUCGUUGUGGAGGUGCCUCAAUAUCACAGCAAGACGGUCACCUCAGCCAUGCAGGUGCAGUUUAACGUGUGCAACGGCAAACGGAAAAGGAGCCAAUCACAACGUUUUACCUAUCUGCCAGUUCUGGUCAAGCAAGAACAUAGAGAAGAUCUCGACUCCCCUGCCGUGCCACCCAUGUCCAUGCCUCUGGUCCAUGCUGCCAGUUUGGUCUGCGCUCAGCCGCUGUCCUCCCCAGAGCACUCCCACCCACCAGACGGCCGUCUGUCCAGCUCCCCGCGUGGCCUGGCUCCAGGCCUGCACCCACUCCAGGCCCCCUGCGCCCCGAUGGGCUCACCCACUCUUCCCCACCUGCCCCACCUUCAGGCUCAAGGGCUGAAUGCGCCUCAUGAAUGCCAGAUGCCCUUCCACCCAGGCCCUGCUGCCACUGCCAGACCUUCAUACCCACCCCUACAGCACAACAUGCCCUUCAACGGCCAGCACGGUCUUCCUAUGACUGCAGGCUCCCCACAGGCCUACGAGCGGAUGCCCUUCCAGGCUGACCCAGCUGGGUGUCACAACCUGGGUUUGGGGAUGGUGUACGGCCCUGCUUCUUCAACACCCACCACUGGAGUAGCGGCAGGGCCCGGCUCCAGCCCCAGCCAUGCCGCCUGUGCCAGUAGCAGCCAGGUCAUGGCACACUCUGCCCCGCACCUGCACUCUCUAGGUUACCAUUGCCCCACUCCAGGGCAGGUCCCCUCACCCACUCACACACUGGGCCAGCCAGUGCCACAGCUCCAGCAUCCUCUGGUGUACCAUCCAGCAGGGCAGCGGUCCGCUUCCUGUCCGACACCCUCCAGUGCUUCUGUCCAUAUGGUGCCAUCUCCACACUCCGGGCCCUCUUCACCCCAGCUCCAUUCUCUCCCCUAUCAUUCACCCACCUCAACUUCACCCACAUCUAACAGCCCCUUAGGGCCUUUACCUCUCUCUGGACAGCCUUCACCUCAGGCAAGCAGUCCUGUAAUGGCUGUGUUGUCCCCAGCAGGGUCUUUGGUGAACACGCUUGCCCAACAGGGAGAGAGUCUUAACAUCAAACAGGAGCCGGAGGAUAGAGAGCCUACCUUUCGUACCAUCGGCCUGCAGGACAUUACUCUUGAUGAUGUGAAUGAGAUAAUAGGCAGAGACAUGUCUCAAGCCCCUGGGGCUCAUGGGGGUUCUCCAGCAGCACGCAGUCAGUCCUAGCCCACAUCAGAUGCUCAGACGAUCCGCAGAGAACCCGGGCAAGGAGCUUUCACCUAAACCUGCUGUCUGCCCUGUUCAGACCAAGUCCUGAAAGACCAGCGUGGAUCCAGAAGCAGUCAAAACCUUCACCAACAGUUACUGCUUCAUUUAAAAUUACCACACUCGCCCAAGUGCUGGAGAUGAAUAUGGUAAGAACAGAGAGAGUAGGGCUGUGUAUGCACGUACUGCAUAUACAUAUGCAGGUGUGGUGAGGUGGGAGUAAACUUGGAUUUGUGUCGGGCGCACAAGCUACUCCUGGAAAAAACUAUAAUUCAGAGCUCUCUGACAGCAUGAUGUAUUAUUUGUAGCUUGCAGAUUAACCCUUCGUAUCGGCUAGCUAUGCAGUUCCCUCAUGCCUGAACAGAAUAUGCAUUGCAGAAUAAGAUGUCCACGCCUUCUUACCAGCGUAAACACCGCCUUUUUAAGUACACAUUCUCCCAGUGCUGCCCCCUAGUGGAGAGGCCCUCGGGCGCUCCACUGAGUCUGUAGUAAUAAUAAUAUGCAACAUUCCACAUGUCUAGUGACCUUUCUGAGCUGUAGAUAAUCUGUUUAAUGAUUGGCCCAGUUCCUCUUCAGGUUGAACAAAUGCCUUAUGUACUAGCUGUGAUUGUGAUGGAAAAGGCUUUCGGCUGAGAUUUUUCUUCUGUUUUUGGCAAGGACACUGUUGAAUCAUGUUUGUGUAUUUUAUACGUAGAAGUAACAGACCUACAUCUUGUGUUCUCGAGUGCUGUGAAUUGUGUUUGUAAAAGAUUUCACAGUGCUGUGCUUUCAAAGGAGUUGUUCUCAGAGUCUGAAGACAAAAUCGAUGUUUUGUACAGGUGCAUGAACUCCAAGAUGACUGAAGACCGAACGGUCUGGAGCUUUAUGUCCGUUGAACUCAAACAUAAUAAUAUGUUGACUAUGCGGAGAUGUCGCGAUGUGCCUUUGGUUAGAGAAACAGUUAUGCGUGAACAUAUGCAUUGCAAGUUGAAAGUCUUGGAAAUUACAAUAUGUAAUAUAAAACUGGUUGUUUUUUCAUUUUUUGGCCAUUAGGCCUUUGCCUCAUGACAAUCAACAAGUAGACUUUAAUAUAACAUUCUAAUAUAUUUAUCAAAAUCCAAACCUAUGUUAGACUAUUACAGCCAGUGUUUUUUGUUCACAGUUUGAGAAAUAAUUAUUCUUUUCAUUUUGGCCUAAACUGUUUUUGUCAACACGAUGAGAUUUCCUCUGGUCCUGAAUGUGCUAUGUUUGCAUUGAGGUACAGAGGAAUAGAUGCUGUGGACGCAGAUGCGGUUUCUCUGUUUAGGAUUUGGCUCAAGCAAAUGUAUGUUUUUACUCCAUGCCUUGAAUUUUGGAUUUGAAAGUUGUGUGGAUAUUUUUCUAAUUCUUAAAAACUGGCGCAAUCGAUGAAACCCUUUUUUCUAUCAAUUCUGAGACUUACAGCUGUAAUGAUGACUGUUAUGUACACGUUUGAUGCUAUGCACUAUAAACCUGCCUUUUGCUUUUUAAGAAAACAAAAAUACAAAAAAAUGAAAAACCUUGAUGCCUCUAGACUAGAUGCUGUAGAGAUGCUUAUUCAUAGAGUAGUAUGCCAGACAGAGUUGUGUUUCAACAUGUGUAUCUGUUUAUGCACAAAGCAAGCAUCUUAACGUUUUUGUGCGUAUGCGCUAAUGUCAGUUUGUAUUAAAUGAAUUGUAGAUAUUUGUUUUUGUAUCUUUAAACAACUCUGAAUUUGGAUGGUAUAAAAGCACAUUGAUAUAUAUUAGGCUAUGCAAGGACUGAUGAAAAUGGUGGUGUGACAUUUUCAAAUAUACAAAUAGCAGGUUUGUUUGUUACUCUUGCAUCUAUUCGGUAUGUAAGUUGUAUGUAAACCUUUACAUAUAGUGACAGGUGUUUUCAAUGCCACUUUUGACUAUUUAAUUUAAACUAUCAAAUAUAAAGUAGGAAAGCCUUAACUUGUGUUAAAUAACAUUUUAGAGAAGGUGUGUCAUGAAGUUAUGGGUUUGAUUUAGUUAUAGCUUUUAAAGAAUUAAGUCAAAUAAAAAAAAAAAGGGGGGUUAUGGGAUAAAGCUGGGCCCCUGGGUAAGCUCCUAUUUUUGUUCUCUUCUAUAAACCAAAGAUUGAACAAUGUGUUCCCAUUUUUGACAACACAGACACCAUAACUCUAUUUUUGAUACUUUGAAAUGGAUGUCAUUCCUCAAGUUUGGGUAGGUUGGAUGGUUUGUAAAAUAAAAGUACAGGUUCAAAUGAUGUUUACGGAGCCUUGUAUUAUUGUUUCAUGUACAUUUUGUAUGUAACAUUUUGUAAUUUUUAAGACUGCAGUGCUUUUUGAAAUUAUUCAAAGGGAACAGCGUGCGGCAUAGGCUCUUCUGAGGUAGUGUAUCAAUAAAGAGAAUAAAUGCGCAGUGUCUUGCCUCUCAUUGUGUUUGGGAAUGUAACCAAUAAGAAACACAUGUGUAACUGAAUUUGUGAAUGAACUGCACUUAACAGCCAUUAUGAUUAACUUCAUAACAGCACAUAUAAGAAAAGUACAUUUUUGUACAAAAUGUCAUUCAAACCAGUUACAAGGGUCUGCUACUGCAAUAUAUGACAUGGCUGUAACAUUUAUAGCCAAAAUAGAAAUAGCAGGGUAUAGUUUCAAACUAUUUUUCACAUGUAGAAUAAUGACUAAACUAAGCGUGUGUGAAUUAGGUGAACUGUAGCUCAUUCCCCUAUUCAAGUGAUUCCAUCUUUGAUUUUUUUUAUUUGAUUGUCUAACAUUUAAGAACAACUUUUAACGUGUUAUUUGUCAUGCAAUUGUUUUGAAAUUAAAAUUUUCCUU